CUUCCCCGUCGUCGUUGUCCCUCAUCAACAAUGUCGAUGCUUGCUCGUCGAUCCGUGGCCCGCGUCGUGGCUCAGCCCUCGCUACUGGUGAUACCCUCAAGUGCCCGUAACAUGGCUACCCUCCGUGAACUCGAACUUCGUCUCAAGUCUGUCCGCAACAUUGAGAAAAUUACAAAGUCAAUGAAAAUGAUUGCAUCUACAAAACUCGCAAAGGCUCAGAGAGCUAUGCAAGCAGGAAAGGAAUACGGUAUCGCUAACUCCGAGGUCUUUGAUCACUCGAAAGAAGAAUCACCCUCAGACUCUAUACGUCGUCUUUUCAUCGUCGUCUCCUCCGAUAAAGGCCUUUGCGGCGGUAUCCAUUCUUCCGUCAGCAAAGCCACACGUCGCGCCUUGAAUAACUUAGCAGACACUCCCCUUGAAGGUGUCAAGAUAGACCCCACGUCGCCCGUCAUGGUCAUUGGUGACAAGUCGAAAGCCCAACUUACGCGUGCCCAACCCAAGAACCUCAGGCUGACGUUCAACCAAAUUGGUAGAGACAUCCCCACCUUCGCAGAUGCUGCUGGUGUCGCGGAUUUGAUUACGAAGAGUGGUGUAGAGUUUGAUGCGGUUGUCCUGGUUCACAACCGAUUCGUCUCGGCAAUCUCGUACGAGCCUAAGGCGUUUGAGGUCAAGGGUGCAGCAGCCUUGAAGGAAAGCGAGGGCUUCAAGAGAUAUGAGAUGGAAGACGACUUCACCAAGGAUCUUGCCGAAUUCUCUCUUGCCAAUGCCAUCUAUGCGGCACUUGUAGAAGGUCAUGCUUGCGAGCAGAGCGCACGUCGUAACGCUAUGGACAACGCAUCAAAGAACGCGAAGGACAUGAUUGAUUCAUUGACUAUGCAGUAUAACCGUGGUCGCCAGGCCGCAAUUACGAACGAGUUGGUGGAUAUCAUUACUGGUGCGAGCGCACUCUAAGCGAACACAGGGUUUGAGUAGAGUGUUAGUGAUAUUAGAUGCUGCGCUCAAGCACGUUUCACUCGUUGAUAAGAUAAUACAAACUUUUAUUUUCAUUCAGUGAUGUCCUGCGCGAGGGGAGAUCUGAAGGUUUCGUCGCACCGGUCGGGUAGACAUUUACCAUCACCCACCCGACCGAGCUCGUUAUUACUUGAACAUCUCUCUCUAUUUGCGUACACUUCUGUCCUUUGGUGGGAGGGGUGAAUAAAUCCGAAAAAAAAAGAUAUCUCUCGCACAAUCGAACGCCCCUCCACCAAUACCUCCCGA